UCAGAGAAAUAUUACAAAGUUGUUGGAAUGAGGAGAACAGAACGCGAGUUUUCCCGAUUUCAAAUGGAAAUCAUCAAUCAAGACGGAAGACACCCACAGAGCGACGUCGUGGCCGUCGUGGUAACCUGUGACUGCACGCUGCAUUGAGAAAGUUUUUGAGCCCCCACACCAACCAUCGCCGUCCAACUCAGCACCGAGGGGAAUGAGAGCCUCCUCAGGCUUUCUUUACUACCGCUUUCAGGAACACAUUUGGACAAAAAAGCCACUCGAAGAAGCAUACGGCAACCCCAACCCAGAAUGCGGACAGAUUGAACAGCGCCAGGAAACAAUAAUACUCCCGUGGACAGCUUGUGUUGCAAGAAUCUAUUGCUGGAUCUACCGCGAGCUCGGGUGCUGAACGAAAAUCGCUUGUUUUUUUUUGUCUUUAUUACUAUCAUAACCAAGGAAAGAUAAUUGCCAGAGGUUUACCCUUAUCUGAGAGAGAUGACGUCUCCGGCGAAAUUUCGUAAGGAGAAGGAGAUUAUUGCAGAAUAUGAGACUCAAGUUAAAGAGAUCCGUGCGCAGCUGGUCGAGCAGCUCAAGUGUCUGGACCAGCAGUGUGAGCUCCGCGUCCAGCUCCUCCAGGACCUGCAGGACUUCUUCCGCAAGAAGGCCGAGAUCGAGAUGGACUACUCCCGCAACCUGGAGAAGCUGGCCGAGCGCUUCCUCGCCAAGACGCGGAGCACCAAGGACCAUCAGUUCAAGAAGGAGCAGACGGUGUUGUCUCCGGUCACCUGCUGGAACCUGCUGCUGAGCCAGGUGAAGCGGGAGAGCCGCGACCACGCCACCUUGAGUGACCUGUACCUCAACAACAUCAUCCCGCGCUUCGCACAGGUCAGCGAGGACUCCGGACGCCUCUUCAAGAAGAGUAAGGAGGUGGGGUUGCAGCUGCAGGAGGACAUGAUGAAGGUUCUAAACGAGCUCUACACGGUGAUGAAGACCUACCACAUGUACAACACGGACAGCAUGAACGCGGAGAGCAAGCUGAAGGACGCGGAGAAGCAGGAGGAGAAGCAGAUGAGCCGCUCGGUCCGGCAGGAGGAUCGCCAGAGCUCCACGCCGCAUCACUUAACCACAGUCAAGAUCGAGGAGAAGCAUGGCCCUGACGCGAGUCUUCGCUGGAAGAAGAUUGAGAAGAUGAAGGAGAAGCGCCAAGCCAAAUACACUGAAAACAAGCUGAAAGCCAUCAAGGCUCGGAAUGAGUACCUGCUGCAGCUAGAAGCCUGUGACUCUGUGUUCAAGUACUACAUCCAUGACCUUGCUGACUUCAUAGUCUGGAACAGACCAUUGGACCCUGCUCGGCCGAGAGUUCUAGUGAGUCGUCAAACACCUGUGGGCUGGAGCAUCCCGAGUGCAGCGGACAGAGCCGCAGACAAGCAGCGGAUCAUGGAGACCUACAACAAUGUCUUCUGCCCACCCAUGCGCUUCGACUUCCAGUCCCACAUGGGGGACACGAUGGAUCAGCUCUGUGCUCAGCAGCCUGUGCAGGUGGAGUUGUUGCAGAGAUGUCAGCAGCUUCAGUCUCGCCUAUCCACACUGCGCAUCGAGAACGAGGAGGUGAAGAAGACCAUGGAGGCGACCCUGCAGACCAUCCAGGACAUGGUGACUGUGGGGACUUUGGUGUGACUGGAAGCAACACACACACAGCAGCUCUGUAAGGUCCAAGUCCCCAGCUACUCCGGAAGAUCUUACAUGAGCAAGCCCAGCCUGGCCAAGGGGCAGAUGUGCCAACAGGAGACUGAACAGUUCUACUUCACGAAGCUGAAGGAGUUCCUGGAGGGACGGAACCUGAUCACCAAACUGCAGGCCAAACACGACCUGAUCCAGAAGACGCUGGGAGAGAAUGAAAGGUCAGACUGCAGGAAUGGAAGAAGGAGUUCCUCAGUGAGGAAGCAGGACUCUAGCCAGAUGAUCCCCCUGAUGGUGGAAAGUUGCAUUCGCUUCAUCAGUCGUCAUGGUUUGCAUCAUGAGGGCAUCUUCAGAGUGUCUGGCUCCCAGGUAGAAGUCAACGACAUCAAGAAUGCCUUUGAGAGAGGUGAGGACCCCCUGGCUGGAGAUCAGAAUGACCAUGACAUGGACUCCAUCGCCGGAGUGCUUAAGCUCUACUUCAGAGGACUGGAGCACGCCCUCUUCCCAAAGGAAGUCUUCCAUGACCUCAUUUCCUGUGUCUCCAUGGAGUCCCUCCAGGACAGAGCUGUCCACAUCCAUAAGGUCCUCGUUCAGCUGCCCAGCAACACCCUUGUCAUCAUGAGAUACCUGUUUGCCUUCCUCAACCAUCUGUCCCAGUACAGUGAGGACAACAUGAUGGACCCGUACAACUUGGCCAUUUGCUUCGGCCCGACCCUGAUGUCUGUGCCCGAGUGCCAGGACCAGGUGUCCAGCCAGGCGCACGUCAACGAGCUCAUCAAGACCAUCAUCAUCCACCCGCGUAUGUACCUUGCCAGUGACCUCCAGGGGCCGUCUCACGACCCGUGGCGGGCUCCCGAGGUACUGAACCUGCAGUCACACCCAGCCAUUACUCAGCCGCUAGCUCAGCUGCUACUCCAGCUCCCAUUGUCUAUGUCUUGCAGUCAGCACUCCAGCUCCUACUGUCUAUGCCCUGCAGCCACAUCUAGCCACAUUCAGCCCUCACUGUUCAUGCCCCAGCCACACCAGCCAGCACUCAGCCACACUCAGCCACACUCCAGCCCUACUGUCUAUGCCCUGCAGCCGCCAUCCAGCUCAAGCACCCAGCCUGCCACUCUCAGCUGCCACCCAGCCCCACUGUCUAUGCCUGCAGCCACAUUCAGCCCCACUGGUUCAUGCCCAGCCGCUACCCAGCCCCACUGUCUAUGCCCCAGCUGCCACCUGCAGCCACACCCAGCUGUUAUCCAGCCAUUACCUGCCACACCCAGCCACAUCAGCCACACUCCAGCCAUUACUCCAGCUCAUUACUCCAGCCAGCAUUCACAUUACUCCAGCCAAGUACUCAGCUGCUAUCUGCUGCUACUCAGCUGCUACUCUCCAGCCUCACUGUCUAUGCCCUGCAGCCUACUCCAGCCCUACUUGCUCCAGCCACACCUCCAGUCAGUUAUCCAGCCACAUCCAGCCACACCCAGCCACUCCAGCCCCAUCGUCUAUGCUCCCAGCCACCCAGCCACACUCAGCUGCUACUCCAGCCCCACUGUUCAUGCCCUGCACACACUCCACUUCCUGUUCCCCCUUCUGUCUCCCUCGUUCUCUCUGUGCCGCAGUGAGAGUCCACACAGUGAGCCCCCCCUAGUGGACAUACCUGCUCCUGACACCGUCUCUGUGAUCCAAAACAGUGACGAUGGAUCAUUGGUUGUUUCAGAGUCAGACCCCAUUGAGGCGAUUGCGCGCUACGACUACUCUGGCCGCACCAAUCGCGAGCUGUCCUUCAAGAAGGGGGCGUCUCUUCUGCUCUACAACCGCGCCUCUGACGACUGGUGGGAGGGGCGUCACAACGGAGCCAGUGGACUGGUGCCACACCAGUACAUAGCGCUGCAGGACACGACUGAUGGUUGCACCGGUCGAGGCAGUCCCAAAGCUGACCUGGAGGGCUCCCUGGAGGGUGGACUGCCAGAAGAGAAGGUGGCCACUAGGGGCAGCGCAAGCUCACCUACAGGAGGACAUGUGGCUGACAUUUACUUGGCCAACCUCAACAAGAUGAGGAAGCAGUCUAGUGGAAGCAUCAGAAGAGCCUUCCGCACCUCAGAGGGUCUGAGUGAGGUGGCACCUCCGCCCUCCUCUCCGGGGGCGACAGGGGGCAUGCGUGCCACCUCCAUGCCCGUGGCAGGCCUGGUGAAGGAGGCCGCGGCCGACAAGCGGCCCGUGAGCGCCCACAGUGUGCUGAACUCAGUCACGCGCCACUCCUCCCUCAAGACCAAGGUGGAGAGCCCGCAGAUACGCAAGACCACCACAGCGGGGCGCUCCAAGAGCUUCAGCAACCACAGGCCCAUCGACCCCGAGGUCUUUGCUCAGGUGGAGCACAGCUCACAGGACAUCGAGGCCACUAUGAACACGGCUCUGAGUGAGCUACGGGAGCUGGAGAGGCAGAGCUCGGCCAAGCACGCGCCCGACGUCGUCCUGGAUACGCUGGAGCAGCUCAAGUCUGGGGGCGGGGUCGGAGGCGGGGUUUCUGAGCCGUCCAGCCCCCUGCACUCUCGGCUGCUGCGGGAGGUGGACACGCCCCAGCACCCGCUCCAGCGUAGCGCCAGCUCCGCGUCCGACAUGCCCAGCACCUUCCGCCCGGGAAAGGGCGCCGGCCCCAAGAGCCCGCUGCUGGCCUCCUCUUCCUCCCCCAUCUCCUCCUCUUCCUCCUCCUCCUCCUCAGGCCUCUCCUCCUCCUUCAGGGAAGGCCGCCCCCCGGCCACACGCCCCAAACCCGUGGUGUUCCCCAAAAGUGGGGGCUCGUCUGGGAGCGGUGGCGCCAUGGGGUCCCCCACCACCUCCAUCCCCCCGACCCCCCCUCCACCACCCCCACCUGCAGACAAGUCCUGUCCGGUGUGAUCCUCUCACACACACACACGUCUGACCCCCACGCCCCCACUUGCCUCCUCUGACACCUUGUGUAUGUGGAGCAGGACUCUAACUCUUAUUUUUUAACGUUUUACUUCCAAGUCCCCUCAAUGGGCACGGUGAUUUUUAAUGGUGUGAUUCUGAUUAUUGUUAUGAUGAUGAUGAUGAUGAUGAUGAUUUUGUUUUGGAGUUGGAUUUUAGCAGAGGUCAGUGUGACAGCUGUGUAGAGGUUUGCGUGGUGUGUAGUGCGUUAAGAUCUCCGUUACCUCGCGCAUACACACGGCCACCAUCUCUUAGAAGCAUGCUAGGGGCCCCAAAAUGGGACGCUCAAUAUGAUGGGGGUGCUGAAAGGUCUCUCUAACCUUUUUCUUCUUUUCUAAUUUUUUUUUAU